AUGGGUUCCACAGAGACAGCCACAGAUCAGACAUUCCGCAACACAAGCACCCCCAAUCUCUUUUCUUUGAGAGAAAGAACCAUCAUUGUUACUGGCGCAACCGGCGGUCUCGGUUCUCAGCUCACAAGAGCAAUCCUCGAAUCUGGCGGCGAUGUCAUUGGCAUUGACCGCGACGAGAUUCCACCAGCAGCAACAUGGGAACCUCUCCAAGCCCUCGCCAAAUCCCUCUCUCGAUCCCUCACAUACCACGCCUGCAACGUCACCUCCCCAUCCCAGCUUUCAUCCGUAUUCGAAAAAGCCGCCUCAGAAGUUCCCUUCCCUCUUAGAGGUCUGGUCAACUGCGCCGGCGUCGGCACGGUGGGCGACUCGGUCGAUUACUCCGAAGACGAGACAAAGUGGACGCUGGAUGUGAAUCUGGCGGGCAGUUUGUACGUGGCGCAGGCGGCGGCCAAGGUGGUGAGGAAACAGGUUGCGGAGGGGAGGAGCGUUGAAGAGCAAGGGGCGAGUUUUGUGUUUGUGGCGAGUAUGAGCGGGUAUAUCUCUAACAAGGCCACUCCCACCGCAAUCUACUCCGCUUCCAAAGCCGGCGUCCACCAGCUCACCCGCUCCCUCGCCGGCGAAUGGGGCUCUUCAUCAUCGCCAGCCAUCCGCGUAAACUCCAUCAGCCCCGGCGUCAUCCACACGCCAAUGACAAAAGAGGUCCUCACGCACAAGGAGUGGACCACGGUUUGGGAACAGGAGGCGAUGCUCAAGAGGAUUUCCGGGCCGGAAGAGUAUCGUGGCGCGGUGGUGUUUCUGCUGGCGGACGCGAGUUCCUAUGUUACCGGGACGGAUUUGCGGAUUGAUGGCGGGUCGACGGGGUGGUGA